GUUGCCGACUAGGAGGCUCGCGCGGUUCUUGGCUGAAUUGAGGAGCCAUCUCCGGGCGAGAGGAUCCGGCGAGGGCAGAGUGGAGGGCCAGGGGCUUGGGCCGCAGAUUCACGAGCGUGGUGCGCACAGAGACCUGGUAACGAUGGCGGGGCCGAAGCCCCUGGCGCUGCAGCUGGAACAGUUGUUGAACCCGCGACCGCGCGAGGCGGAUCCUGAAGCCGACCCGGAGGAGGCCACUGCUGCCAGAGUGAUUGACAGUUUUGAUGAAGGGGAACAUGAGGAAGGUGAUUUCCUGGCACUGGGUAGCAUUAGAAAACUGGCAUCAGCAUCCCUCUUGGACACAGACAAACGAUAUUCAGGCAAGAUCACCUCUAGAAAAGCUUGGAAGGAAGACUACUGGGAGCAGUCUUGGCCAGGUUCAUCUGACAAGAACAUAUCUGAUGAGGAAGGGUCCGGAGCUGGGGAUUCGGAGGGACUGUGUCUGGCACAAUCCGACGAAGAUCCCAUGAGUGCUGCCGAGGAAGGGGAGUGUGGUGCUGAUGGGGUGGAUAGUCUGGCCCGGAGGAAGAAGAGCAGAAGCCCUUCUGGGACAACACCGGGCUUCAUUGCCUUCAGUGACUUUGAAAAAUUUGCUGAGGGGGCUGAUGACCUUGGUAGCAGUGAGGAGGAAGAGGAGGAGGAUGAAGAAGAGAGUGGCAUGGAAGAAGGGGAUGGUGAGGAAGACUUUGGGGUUGAGAGUGAGGAAGACGAGGCUGAAGUCAGGGGCAGUGAAGAUGAUGGUGUGGUGAUGACCUUCUCCAGUGUCAAAGUAUCCGAGGAAGUGGAGAAAGGAAGAGCUGUGAAGAACCAGAUAGCACUAUGGGACCAGCUCUUGGAAGGAAGGAUCAAAUUACAGAAGGCUCUGUUGACCACCAAUCAGCUUCCUCAACCAGAAGUUUUUCCUAUUUUCAAGGACAGAGGUGGCCCAGAAUUUGCCAGUGCUUUAAAAAAUAGUCAUAAAGCACUUAAAGCAUUGUUGAGAUCACUGGUGGAUCUUCAGGAAGAGUUGCUUUUCCAGUACCCAGACACUAGAUACCUAGUAGAUGGGACCAAACCCAAAACAGAAAGGAAAAAAAGUGAGGAAGAGAUUUCUAGUGAAGAUGAUGAGCUAAUAGAGCAGGAGAAGCAGCAGAGAAGGGCCCCACCAAAGAGGAAGCUGGAGAUGGAGGACUAUCCCAGCUUCAUGGCAAAGCGCUUUGCUGAGUUUACGGUCUACAGGAACUGCACCCUUCAGAAGUGGCACGACAAAACCAAGCUGGCUUCUGGAAAACUAGGAAAGGGUUUUGGUGCUUUUGAACGCUCAAUCUUGACUCAGAUUGAUCAUAUAUUGAUGGACAAAGAAAGAUUACUCCGAAGGACACAGACCAAGCGCUCUGUCUACCGUGUUCUUGGGAAACCUGAACCUGCAGCUCAGUCUGUCCCAGAAAGUUUGCCAGGACAACCGGAGAUCCUUCCUCAAGCCCCUGCUAAUGCUCACCUGAAGGAUUUGGAUGAAGAAAUCUUUGAUGAUGAUGACUUUUACCACCAGCUCCUUCGAGAACUCAUAGAACGGAAGACCAGCUCCUUGGAUCCCAAUGAUCAGGUGGCCAUGGGAAGGCAGUGGCUUGCAAUCCAGAAGUUACGAAGCAAAAUCCACAAGAAGGUAGAUAGGAAAGCCAGCAAGGGAAGGAAACUUCGGUUUCAUGUCCUUAGCAAGCUGCUGAGCUUCAUGGCACCUAUUGACCAUACUACAAUGAAUGAUGAUGCCAGGACAGAGUUGUAUCGAUCUCUUUUUGGCAAACUCAACCUCCCUGAGGAAGGCCAUAGGAACUGACAGCCCCGGUCUGUCUGGCUUCAGGCUUGAGGCGGGGCCUCGGAGCCCCCAGCGGCUGCCCAUCCAACCCCAAACGAGGAGCCCCGUCGGCCUGCUGGGGUUGAGUGAGAGGGGAACGUCCCUGGGGAAGGACUCUGUUGGGAGCUAGUGCCUAAUAAAUCCCAGGAAGCAGGUUUCUCCGUCUCCAGGGCUUUGGUGUACAAGGUUGCUGUCCUUCUGGUCCUGCGACCACCACCAGUAAAGAGCCUUGUGGCUGCCGCCAAAGGUUAUUCCACAAGCAGCGUGGUGGACUCAGCACAGCUCCUGGCCCGCAGUCAGUUGGAUUUAGAGCUCUAGCAGGACAGCAGAUUUGUUGGGAGGGUUUUCUUUUCUAUUCUUUUCCUAGCCAGACAGCCUCCUUAUACAACAUAAAAUUUCAUGGAAGGAAUAAUUCUGGGGCAAGAUGCUCUUCUCUGGGUGGAUGAUGUUUAAUUAUUUAUCAUGACUCUGAGGAGCAAGGAAUCCCAAGAAACUAUAACUAUGCUUAGGAGACUUACUCCUUUUGUUUCUGCUUUUCGCCCAUAAAGUUCUUCCAGAUCCUUUUCUAUUCUCACCACUCAUUCCUAAACUGUGUUAUUGUAAAUCUAGCAGGAGGAGAUGAUUCACUUGUUUUUCAUCCAAAGGUCAAAAGCUGGGAAUUAAAUCCCCAUAAGGGGGAUUUAUUGGCCUGCUGUGGUCAACACACAGUGAAGAUUAUCUUGCAUAAGUAAUGUGUGCAUCUAGGUAUGUCAGUAUAGGUCCUUUACCCAAAUCUUUAUUUAGAGUCAUGGAAUUGGAGAAGAAUUGUUGAAUCUAGGCAACUAAGUGCAGUUUCUAGUUAAUAACUUUUCACUACUUUUAAAAUCAGGUUUUGAUAGUGUUGUAAAAUGUCAAAACAAAGUGAGAAAUUUCUGUGCCCAGGAAUCCUACAUAUCGUUGACUUGGUGAUGGAGUACUGCUGCCCAGUGCCUGCAGGCUGUCUCCAAACUCCGCGAGUCCCGGAUGUCAUCUCCAUCAGUUUAGUUGUAACAUAAGUGUGUUUGCUGAGCCUGAGAUGGGGCAAACAGGAGGUGGGGGAGAGGGCUUUCCGUCUCAGAUUAAUUGGACCUUGGUACGUGGUGGUUUGUUUUUCCUAUAUUGGUAGUUACCUCUUGGGCUCGACUAUUAGGGAAAUGUUUAAUUUUCAGCACAUCUCCAGGGACCCAAAAGGUCAAUUAGGAGAAAUAGGAGAAUUCCCUGACUUACUUAUUUAAAAAUGGUCACUUUUUAAAAUAUAGAACAUCUAAUCCAGCCCAUCUAGCCUGAGGAUUCCAGUAAGUAGCAAGUAAGUUAUCUGUUAAUACUGAACUUUCUAUGAGCCUGAGCCAACCCACAUUUCCUAAAGAGAGAGAACCUCCUUGUCAUAGUCACUCUUUAUCUGAUGAGGAAAAAUAUUAUAAACAGGUACUUCAAAAUAUUUGGAGUCUAAUGUAUUUACUUAAAAUGAAUUAAAAACGGGAGAGAUGAGAAAGGAUGAACUGACAGAAUUUUCAGUAAAAUGCAGGAACUGACUUGCAUUUUAAAAUUCAGAAGACUAUCCUCCUUCCAGCCAAGAAUAAAUUGGAAACCAUUUUAAUUGACACAGAUACUGCAAUUCAACUGUUACUAGAAAGACAGAUUAGUUGAUUGAUUUGCAUUUUAAUAAAACUAAUACUUUACAUUUUGGUAGCUAAUGCUGAUUUUUAAAGAGUUCAGAACAGUUAUCAAGAGUUUCAACCCAGAGCCCCUUUUCAGUGUUGACUGAAGCAUUCCUCUCUUUUGUGUGGAGUUUGCUUAUUUUAUUUUUGCCCAGUUGCCUGCUUCACGUACAACAUUCUUAAAGCAUAGACCUUGAAGAUCUCGCCUGGACAGCAAGGCAGUCAGCGGGUCACCGCAAAUGCGUGGCAGUGUCCUGCCUAGCUCAGGUUUGGGUUGGGGAUAGGAGCUGAGGAGGAUGCAUUAGCCCCUUCUUCAGGAUGGAGAAGACAUCAGGCCUGCUUUCUUGUCUUAUUUUAUUUUUACUUUAAAAUUAAUUGCAGAAAGUAGAAGGGACAAAUAAAAAUAAGACUCAGCUGUAAUCCCACCACUCGAAAUAAUCAUUUCUCAGUAUUACCAUUUUAGUGCUUUCACUGUUGUAGUCUUCCUCUGUGUGCGGGCAUGACCAUGCUGAUGGGCCUGGGAUUCUCCCUGGAGAGGAGCCAGAGAGCAGUGAAGGUGGAAGCCUUAGUCUUUUCUGUGUUUGCUUUUGGACUGUUUGAAAUGUUUUACUUACCCUUUUAAAAGCAAUCAAAACCAAAAUAUCCAUACAGGCACACCCAACCCUGCUUCCAACACUCAUACACACCAGCAGUACAUAGUAUUCUCCAUUUUGAUAUUAAUAUCACAACAAAAAAUUAUUUCCAGAUUUUUACAGAUAUCAUUUAAGUCAUUUUAAUUGCUAACUAAUAAUUCCACUUGAGGCAUGUAUCACCGAUAUUUAACCAAAUCCCCUGAUGUUGGACAUUUAGGUGGUUUCCAGAUUGUUUGCUAUUAGGAAUAAUAUUGCAAGAACAUGUGUGUGCAUAAGCUUGUUUAUUGUGUUUUUUAAAAUUAUUGUUUUUUUUUUGGCAUUUAUUUUUAGGAGUCAAAUGAACCAGGUUAAAGAGUCUAAAUAUUUUAAGGCUUUUGGUACAUAUUAUUGAGUCUUACUUUAGGACCCUUGUUCACACCUCUUCACUUGCCUGGGCUGGUUCAUCUGCAGUAAAAUGUCUUGAGAAGCAGAAAGGAGAUUGGCUCUGGAGUUGGAUCCUGGGUUUAUUUCUUGCUCCCCAGGGAACCCUUCAAACCAGCCUCCUCCUUUGGGAUGAUUAAAGAGCUGCAGCAUAUAAUGUGCUCUGAGCUGCUCCAAUGAAAGAUGGUGGAUAAAUAGAAAGUGACACCCUUGUCUCCCUCCUUGGCCCCCAUAGCUUUUUUUUUCUGGCUGCUAGACCACAUAUAAUUUGCUCUCCACUCUCCCCUCCAGUUUUCAUUGUUCUUGCUACUUUGAGGUCUCCACCCUGGCAUCUCCCAGGCAGGCUUUCUUUGCCUUGUAUGGUUUGAGUUCCUCCCUGCUGCUCCAUACUUUGUUUCUGGUGGAUAACCAGUGGUUUCUGGGGUCACUAUACAAGAUCAUUAUUGUGCAUCGUCUGGGUCUCCUUUCCCAGCAGAAGACACUGCAGAAAGCCGGCUCCAACUAUUUCGGUAACAGAUCCACAUCUCUGCUUUAGGAGAGUUUGCUUUUAGAGUAGAGGUUGAUUUUCCUAGUCUCAACAUGCAUACUACAAUCCUUCCAAGGAUUGUAUUGCCUCUUUACCUCUUACCAUUUGAUCAAAAGGGAGCUGAGUUUGAGGCUCAGAACAAAUCCAAAUGUGAACAUUAGUUACUCUCCAGCUGGCACUCUGGAAAUGUAACAUGUUAAUGCCAAGAUCUGGAUCUUAAAGGAGGGAGCCACAGGUCUCAGCAAAGCUUUACAGACAAGUAGAGGUGAAGGGUGCCAUGAAGGAGCCCAAGGCUGCCAUGCAGAGUGUGGGUGUUUCAUGUCAGGACAUCCACCUGCCCCUCUGGUGACACCAUUAUCAUGUGACCCUGUGUCCUUGCUGUUCGGCUGCUGUACCUUUAAUAAAGACAAAUAAACAGUGGUCCUUGUCUAAAACGAA